AGAAUUAAAAUCAUUAACAAUUUUGCAGAACAUGUCACCACUGAAACCUAUACACUGACUUCAGUUCAUCGGACCAAACAGAAAAUAAACAUUGGUGGAAUAUCCUGGAAUUCAGGGUCAACUCUCUGGUGCCUGCAUUCUCUGUCGGAAAUAAUUCUAAUUCCGCAUGCGAAACACUCGCAGAGAUUAAGCACGCGAGCGUAAAAAGGCCUAUUCGAGUGUGGAAGCAAAAGAAGAAAGAAGAGCAUCCCACAUAUAGCACACGUCGUGAGUGUGUGCGUGCGUGUGAAAUCGGAGUAAAAGAGAGGAAGUCGCACGUGAGUCAUCAUCGCCGGCGCGCGAGCUGUGCGUAUAAUGCACGCAGGUAAUCCUCUCUUCCCGCAUCGCGUCUUUACCUGCACCUAACGUGCAGCCGAGGCCCUUUCUGUACUCGCAAAACCAGGCGACUCGACCUCUGCAAAAGGCGCGCGCAACGGAAGGAAAGAAACUGUACAGCACGUGUGCUCUCCCAUGAGUAUAUCCUAUAUACAAUGCACUGCGCUACUACUGCAGGCUGCGCGCGUCGAUCUCCAUGGAUACCGUUUGCAAACAAACUCUGACAUUGUUGCUCGCACGGCGACGUCGUCCCAGUGCCAACGUCGUUCUUCUCGAAUAAAAUACUCCCUUCCGUCUUCCCGGCACGUCUCUCUGGACCAUGGUGGACUCGUGGGCCUCGGAUCUCGACGUCACGAGCAAGAAGUUAAUACCCAGAUUAGGACGACGAGCAGGUCACGGCAGUAUACACGAAGAGAAGAACGAAGACGAUCUACUCGACAGUCCUGAGUCAUUGUCUUCAGGAAAGUCGUCUACUAAAGGGCCAGCACCUGUUGCGCCGCCUCGAGCCAGAAAGACCGGAUGGGGUGAUGAUCUCAAAAGCGCAAAACAAAGAGGAGUAUCAGCGGCAAUCGAUCAAGAUCGAUUUUCCAACAAUAACAGAAAUUCCAAAGAAGAUGAUAUCCCCGUUAUACCAGACUUAGAUGAAAUUAUUGAAGACACUGGUGCCUUGGAUAUUUCUAAUGCACCCUCGGUUGGAUUGAAUCGAGCCGCAGCGGCUUACAAGGAACUAGAUACUGAUCUCGUUAAAAAUCAACUACUUUUGACCUUGGAUGACGUCGAUUUAAGUCUACUGACAGAGAAGUUAUAUCCAGAACAUCUAGUUAAAGAACCCGAUGAAGUUUGGAGUUGGGAAUCUUUAUUUACUCAAGUAGCUUCGGAAAUAAACAGUGAAUCACAAACGAAAGCUGAUGAAAAGAAUUAGUGAAUUAUUUCUGUUACCCAGAGAACAAUGGUCAUGACUGUUAUUCUAUGUACCAUGAAACGGAAUAAUUCUAAAAUAAGUGUAUUUAUUGUGUAUAAAUCUGAGUACAAUUU